AUAGGAUGGACUAAGCCCCCACCCAGGCCCUACCCCAAUAUCCAAUAAGAACAGGCUGAGACUGACACCUGCCUAUAUUACUGCGGAGCAGAGGAAACUCUUGCACACUCAUCUUUUCCCACCGCAAACAAAUAUUAAGUCAGUGGAACAAGGGGUGGGGGGAAAAUAGAGGAACAGGGGAAAGGAGUGAGGGAAAAAUAAAGAGAUCUCUUUACAUCAGCCAGCUAUGACUUCCAGUAAGAUUGAAAUGCCUGGAGAGGUGAAGACUGAUCCUGCAGCCCUAAUGGCAUCUUUACAUCUUCUGCCUCUACCUACCUCCAACCUGGAAGUGAAGCACACCAAGAUUUUCAUCAACAAUGAAUGGCAGAAUUCAGAGAGUGGAAAGGUCUUUCCAGUGUACAAUCCAGCGACAGGAGAGCAGAUUUGUGAAGUUCAAGAAGCUGAAAAGGCUGAUGUAGACAAAGCAGUGAGUGCUGCCCGCUUGGCUUUCUCUUUGGGCUCAGUUUGGAGGAGAAUGGACGCAUCAGAACGUGGGCGACUCUUGGACAAAUUGGCUGAUCUAGUGGAAAGGGAUAGAGCUGUUCUUGCUACCCUUGAAUCUCUAAACAGUGGGAAGCCAUUUUUACAGUCUUUUUAUGUGGAUCUUCAAGGUGUUAUCAAGACAUUCCGGUAUUAUGCUGGCUAUGCAGACAAGAUACAUGGAAUGACUAUCCCAGCCGAUGGCGAUUAUUUUACUUUUACCAGACACGAGCCCAUUGGAGUGUGUGGACAGAUCAGUCCAUGGAACUUUCCCCUCUUGAUGUUUGCGUGGAAGGUGGCCCCUGCACUGUGCUGUGGGAAUACAGUGGUAAUCAAACCUGCUGAGCAAACCCCUCUCACUGCACUGUAUAUGGGAGUCCUGAUUAAAGAGGCUGGAUUUCCACCAGGAGUCAUUAAUAUUUUGCCAGGCUAUGGUCCAACUGCAGGCGCAGCGAUCUCUUCUCACCCUGGCAUAGAUAAAAUAGCUUUCACUGGGUCGACCGAGGUUGGUAAGCUUAUCCAAGAAGCGGCUGGAAAAAGUAACUUGAAGAGGGUGACUCUUGAGUUGGGAGGAAAGAGCCCCAACAUAAUCUUUGCAGAUGCUGAUUUGGAUUAUGCAGUGGAGCAAGCACAUCAAGGUGUCUUUUUCAACCAAGGCCAGUGCUGUACUGCAGGUUCUCGUACAUUUGUAGAGGAGUCUAUUUAUGAUGAAUUUGUACAAAAAAGUGUCGAACGUGCAAAGAGAAGGGUAGUCGGCAGCCCAUUUGACCCAACAACAGAACAAGGACCCCAGACUGAUAAGAAACAAUAUAACAAAAUCUUGGAACUUAUCCAGAGUGGAAUUGCCGACGGUGCUAAACUGGAAUGUGGUGGAAAGGCACUCGGCAGAAAAGGACUGUUCAUUGAACCAACAGUGUUCUCAAAUGUGACUGACGACAUGCGAAUUGCCAAAGAGGAGAUUUUUGGACCUGUCCAGCAAAUACUAAGAUUUAAAACUACAGAAGAAGUCAUCGAGAGGGCCAACAACUCUGACUAUGGCCUAGUGGCAGCGGUCUUCACGAAUGACAUAAACAAGGCACUCACGGUAUCUUCUGCAAUACAAGCUGGGACUGUGUGGAUAAACUGCUACAAUGCACUAAAUGCUCAGAGUCCAUUUGGAGGAUACAAAAUGUCGGGCAAUGGAAGAGAAAUGGGAGAAUAUGGUCUGAGGGAGUACACCGAAUCAAAAACUGUGACAAUAAAGAUCCCCCAAAAGAACUCCUAAGAAUGAUUUCAAAUCUAUCAAGAUCUUGUUAGAAUGACUAUUUUCUACAGAGUUUAGAAUUUCAGCAUUACUCAAUUCACCUUCACAAUUUUACUUGAGCGAGAGUUGAUGCAUGCUCAGAUAUUUAUUCUUUGUAGUAAAUCUAGACUGUUUUAUCUUGUAAAAAUGUAUCUGGACCUGUCCUCAGGAAUAAAGCAUCCCGUCAUAUAUAUUUAAGCAGUUUCUAUACAUACAGUCUAAAGAUUGGUUAAGUAACUCAUAUUUUAAUGUCUUCAUAAAUUUCUUCAAAAUUUUAACCUUUUUAUUGUACCUACAGUAGGUUUUUAUUUUAAUAUGAAGCCCAUACAUAUUUGUCUUUGU